CUCUCAGCUUGAGGCCAUCAUAUGAUGCUCCCUCCUGGGCUGUCUAGACUGAGCUGAGUCCCUGGCUGGGACUGGGCAAUGCUGAUGCCUGAAUUUUCAGCCCAUGAGAGAAAUGCCCGUCCCUGGUAAUUGCUCAAUGUGCGGGAUGAAAAAGAUGCCAAGUUCCUGUGCUCGUUCCUUCCGUCAGAGCAAGGAGGGGAGAAGGAGCUGCCCUUGGGCAGAGCCCAUGUCCCUCUUCUCCAGGCUGCUCUCCCAUCCCCUGCUCUGCUCAGCUCACAUGGAGAGGCUUGGCCACCUCAUCUUGGUCUUCCUGUCAGCAUGCUGUGCCGCAGAGAACGUCACCGUGGUGUAUGGGAUGGAGGGGGGCACCAUUUCUGUCAACUGCUCCUACGACCCCCAGCAGCAGUGGUGGAGAGAGAAGAGCUGGUGCAGGCAGGUCGAUGAGACCAAGUGCCAGCACGUGGUGAGUGCCCGAUCCUUCUGGCUGCCCUUCCCGAGGGGCAGGAAAGGCACCACCUCCAUCAGGGACAACAUCCACGACGGGGUCCUGACGGUCACCAUGAGGCAGCUCAGGAAGGAGGAUGCUGGGCUGUACCAGUGCAGAACUGAUUUCCUGGGGGACACAAAGAGCCUGAGGAAGGUGCAAGUGGAAGUGCUGAGAGCAGCUGUCCUGGAGACCCAAGUGCCAGAGGAGCCCAGAGCUGUGCAGAGCAUCUCCAGCUCCCCUCCCAAAGUGGAUUUCACUGUUUUCUACAUCCUUGCUGGGCUCCUGGUUACCAAGUUCAUGGUGGCUGUACUGAUCUGUAUCGUUGGCAUCAGCAGGAAGAACAGAGAAAGAGAGCAGAACCCAAGCCUGAUUGAGCAGCAGGUCCUCCCUUUCACUGCUGACCUCGGACACAACGGAACUGGCCCCUCCCGGGAGAGAGCUGUGUGAGCUGAGCCAAAGGGAGUCCAUGGAAAAGGAACAUCAGGCAUUUGCAGGCAAAGCUUUGCCACCUGCUGUAAGAAAAGGAUCACUACUAAACACAGGUGUGGAUGAACCUGUCACUUUGGAGAGGGAAUGUCACCAUCUACCACCUCUUGUCAUUGGCCUCACACCCCCAGGCAGAGUUAUUCCAGAUACCAUCCCCAAUAUCAUUCCACCACAGUCUGAACUGAGACCCAUCAACAUCCUGUCAUCUCAGGGCAGUGCCAGGUGACAGAUUCUGUCUUUACAAGGUGAGGAAGACUAAUUCCCACUGUUGCUUUGGACAGUGUGGAUCCUUGGAGUCCCUGUGGAAAGGCAUAAGGAACUGCAGGACAGCCCAGAAAGGGAUGUGGUCUCCUUGCAGCUCCGAGCCUGCUUCCUCAUUUCUGAAAGGACUUGGUGAGCAAAUGAACUGUCUCUCUGUAGUUCUCCCUGUAUUUUUUCUCCCCAUUCAAGGGGAUGUUACCAACAUGUGGUGGUUGUUCAUCUCUCCCCACAGUGAAGCUGCCUUUGGGCCUCCCAGGCAGACCCCAAACCCAGGGGCAUUCACACUUCUUUUCCCUGCAAUACUAAAUAAAAUAAAACUGAUUCUCUGACUUAGGAUGGAUUCAUGGUAGUGGGCUGCAGGACACCAGGUCACAGUCAUCCCCC